ACACGAAUGGCAAUAGUCUACUACAGUGAGAGAUGGAAACAACAUGCCAUUGUAUUUCGGAUAUUUCAUUAAAUGACCCUCCUGAUUCCGAUAAAUCUGCUCAUUUGUGUGAUACCCUGUCCUCGCAACAUGUAGAAGUGGACGGAUUCCAGGAUCUGGCUGCGUUGCCGGUAGAAGUUUGUGAAAGGCGCCCCACAUGUCUACGAUGCUGUCGUCCACAGAAGGUAUGCCUUUGCCCGUUCUUGCCAGUACACCCCCUUGAGGUCUCUACAUGUCUGUACAUUGUGCAGCACCCGGCCGAGGAAAGUCGAGUUCUUCGUACAGUCCCCCUGCUUGCUGCCUGUUUGCCUCCUGGGAAAUGUAAAGUUUUGAUCGGAAGGAGGUUCAGUGAAGAAAGAAACCCAGAUUUGGCAGCAGUGUGCAAGGACAGCAGAACUCUGAUUCUGUACCCCGGUCCAGAUGCUCAGAAUCUGGAGGAGUUGGUUCAGAACCAGGAACACCAAGACCUGGAGACUCCAGGACACAACGUCAUCAUCAUAGAUGGUACCUGGAGCCAGGCCAAAGACAUGUUUCUCAGAAACACGAUGCUUCACCUGCCUAGACAGGUGCAGCUCAGUAAGGCUCUUUCCAGCCAGUAUGUCAUUCGUACACAACCAACAAAUAUCUGCCUGUCUACCCUAGAAUGUGCUGCUGUUAGCUUAUCCAUUUUGGAGAGGAACAAGGACAUCCAGCAGGUUCUGCUGAAGCCGCUGAAUGCUCUCUGCUCCUUCCAGUUGCAGCACGGAGCCCAAGUGCACCACAGUAAGGAACACCUUCUGAGAAAUGGCAUGUAUGACAAGCCUAUGCCCAAGAACAAGCGGAAGAUUAAGAGGAUGGAGAAACUUGUCACUGACCAGAAGGUCUGUCCAAGAUGAGGAGGAAAUGUCCAGAGCAGGAACAAAGGACCUAAUGACUUUCUUGAACGGAAUUUGGAAUAUUUGUUUUAGAUAAUGAGCAAAAGUGGCACUUUACCAUUUUUAUUAUCUGUGUGUUAUCUUUAACCGAUUUCAUAUACACUGCAUUGUUUAAAGAUCGGUUUGCUGCCCUGACCAAAACAAUGAGCAUCAAUGGUUAGAUUGAUUGAACUUGGUUUGUUUGUAUGAAUUAAAUAAUAAAUUAUUAAUAAAA